AUGUUCAAUCUUACUGCAGGCUUUUUGCCACGGCUCAGGUUCUCUUUUACAGCUUUUCAGCAUGUCAGACUGAUGGCUACCGGUGCCAGAAACACCGUCAAACCGCUUCACUCCAGAAAGACGUUUUUGAUUGACACUUACAAAGACUUGAUGGAUAAGAACCCCGUGGUGUUGUUUGCACACUACAAUAACUUGCUGAAGCACGAAAAUGCAUUUUUCCGCGCGCAAAUCCAAGCAUUGGGAGGCAAAAUGACUGUGCUAAGAAACCAGCUUUUCCAAGUGUAUCUGCGAAAUGCACACCUUCCAGACCCCUGUGCUGCUUCCACGAAAGCCGUGCAAAACAGAACGCAUCCUCUGCUGCCACUUUUCAAGGGUCCCACCGCUGCCAUCACGUUUUCGGACACAGACCCGGCCCAGAUACUCAAGUUUUUGAAGCUGCUCGAGAAGAGCUCGGACAAAAUGUUUGUAGUGGGUGCUAGAAUCGACGGCCAGGUGCUGGACAUAUCUAAGGUGCACGAGUUCAAGACGCUACCGUCCAAGCCCGCCCUACAGAGCCAGCUUCUGGGCUUGUUGUCAGUGCUCAGCGGUGCGGGCUUGGUAAAAACCUUGGAGGCGGGUUCUCACUCACUGUAUCUAACUUUGCAAUCGCAUCACGAUAACAAAGAGAAGUCCAACUAA